AUGGCUCCUCCCUCAGCCCCCUCCCCCCAGGCGCUGGGCCCCAGUGGGGGAAGUCCGUCCUGCUUCUCAAGGGCGUGUGCUUCACACUCACCACCGUGGACACCCGCAGGUCCCCAGAUGCUGAAGGACUUUGCCCCGUGUUCGCAGCUGCCCGUCCUGCUCUAUGACGGCGACACCAAAACGGACACGCUGCCGAGUGAGGAGUUUCUGGAGGAGACGCUGGGCCCCCCAGAAUUCCCCAGCCUAGAGCCCAGAUACAGGGAGUCCACCGCGGCGGGCAAUGACGUCUUUCACAAAUUCUCCGCGUUCAUCAAGAACCCGGUGCCCGCGCUGGACGAUGGUGAGGAGGGUCUGGAGACGCGGCGAGGCUGGGGAGAGUGGUCCCCGACCGGCUCCUCACCGCGCUCCCCGCCCCCAGCCCUGUACCAGCAUCCGCUGCGCGCCCUCGCCAAGGUGGACAGCUACCUGCGCGCGCCCCUGGAGCACGAGCUGGCGCGGGAGCCGCAGCUGCGCGAGUCACGCCACCGCUUUGCGGACGGUGAGCAGCGCGGGCUGCUGCCCAAGCUGCACAUCGUGAACGUGAGCGCCGGGCCGGGCGGGGCGGACCCUCGAGGAGACCCCGACCGCCCCCCUCGCCCGCAGACGGUGUGCGCGCACUUCCGCCAGGCGCCCAUCCCCGCUGAGCUGCGCGGCGUCCACCGCUACCUGGACGACGCCCUGCAGGAGGAGUUCAACUACACAUGUCCAUACAGCGCCAAGAUCCUCGCGGCCUACUGGCCCGCCGUGCGCCCCCGCUAGCGCGCCCGCCUCCCCAGCCACCCGCCCGCUCGUCUGCAGCCCCAGAAAGGCAUCUCCGCCUCAGUGAGCGGGUACGGACAUAACGAGGACCAGAAGCCCCGCAAUUUCUGCCACCCCCAAACUCCCACCGUGAGACGCUCAGCUCCAGAUGAUAGCCAGAAAGGACCAGCAGAGAAC